GCCGAGAAGGGGGGUGUCGAGCUGGGCACCCCUAAUGCAGAUCCCCCCGCAGGGACCAUGUCCACCCGGCGCCUCCGCAGCGAGGACUACACCGACUACAGCUCCACGGAGGUGACGCCGGAGGGCAGCCCCCCCGGGGGCUUCAAUGGCUUCGCCCACCCCGACUCCUACCAGCGCUUCGGGGAGGCCAACGGCACCACGUGGUACCAGACCCUCAUCCACCUCCUGAAGGGGAAUAUUGGCACAGGGCUGCUGGGGCUGCCUCUGGCUGUGAAGAACGCUGGCAUCCUGCUGGGUCCUCUGAGCCUGCUGGUGAUGGGCGUCGUGGCUGUGCACUGCAUGGGCAUCCUGGUGAAGUGUGCCCACCACUUCUGCCACAGGUUCCAGAAGCAGUUCCUGGACUACGGGGGUGCCGUGGUGCACGGGCUGGAGUCCACUCCUGUCUCAUGGCUGAGGACUCGUGCCAUCUGGGGAAGGCAUGUAGUGGGACUUUUCCUGAUCAUCACUCAGUUGGGUUUCUGCUGUGUGUACUUCGUCUUUCUGGCUGACAAUCUGAAACAGGUCGUAUCUGCAGCAAACGGGACCACCAACGACUGCAGCCCCAACAGGACAGUGGCCAUGACCCCCACCAUGGACUCUCGGCUGUACAUGCUUUCCCUCCUGCCUUUCGUGGUGCUGCUCACGUUCAUCCAGAACCUCAAGGUCCUGUCCAUCUUCUCCAUGCUGGCCAACAUGGCCAUGUUGGUCAGCCUUGUGGUGAUCUACCAGUACAUCGUCAGGGACAUUCCUGAUCCCAGUCACCUGCCUCUAGCAGCAGCCUGGAAGACCUACCCUCUGUUUUUUGGCACUGCAAUCUUUGCUUUCGAAGGCAUCGGGGUG